CCCUUGGACUAUGCACGAGAACAACUUCACGAACUCUGAUGUUUUGCACAUAGAAGUCGGUGCAUCGCUGAACGUUUGUGUGGUUGAUCUAAUUGACAGGUGGGUUAAUAAUGGAAACUAAACCAACAGUGAAGAGGCCUGUGUCAGAUCUAGGCGACAGUGACCUAGAUGCAGACUCCGCACCUAAGAAAAAAACAAAAGUAAAUGUCAAUAACAAUUCCUUGGAUUGGAGAAAUUUUAGUUUAGUCACUGAAGGUGCCAGUGAUGAUGAUUCUGGGAUAAUAACUGAAUCACCAAGUGGAUUCAUAACUGUCAGAACUACAGACACUGUUGAAAAUGGAGAAAUGCCAAACAGGAAUCAAGAUGAUAUGGCAGUUAUUGACAAGAUUGCAUCACUUCAACAAGAUGCUGAGGUCAUUGCGUCCUUGGUGCCCAAUGUUGAUGUUUCAGAAAUUUAUGACAGACUUUACUCAUUUAGAACAAAUCCAAACCGAAUGGACAUUGUGACAACAGAAUUACUUGAUAAUCCCCCAGGUGAAGACUUUGAGACAGAUGAAGGUCCUGGAAACAAAGGAGAAACUUCUUCAAAAUCAACUCUGUAUGAGGAUGUCAAAUCUGUGGUUCACAAAGUCAAACUAGCUGCUGCGUCUGUGAAAUUAAAUCCUGCUGAAAUUUUUGCUCUCUUGGAGAGGCAUGCUUAUGCUCCUGACCGAACAGAUAUUGUUGCUAAUCUGUUUCUCCAGGAUGUGAAGGUUACCAAUGGAGCUUCUAAUGAAGUGGAUCUGUUUGAUGAGGUGCAGAAGGUGAUCUCAAAGGUCCCAGCAGCGAAUCCUGAUCAGGUUUACGCUUUGCUGGAGUCUUUUUGUAGCCGUGGUGACAGAGUUAAAAAAGUGAUAGACCAGUUGACAAAAGUUGUUGACCAGCCCAUAGUAAUUGAUGAUGAUUCUUUACCCAGUGAACCACAGUCGAUAUACAAUGACCAUGUGUGCCUGGACAUGAAAAAGGUAGCUAAAACAUUUCCUGAAACGGACAGGAGUCAAAUCGAAACAGGUGUAGAAACUUGGUGUGAUAAGAAGGACGGGGUGUUGCGGUUCACAGAGAAGAGUGUUUGCUCAUCAAAAGGUGAAAUCAGCACACCUCUGUCAGUUUCCAGUGAUGGAGAGGAAGUGACUAUAGGGAAACCAGUUUUCCCAGGUGCCUGCAGCCUACAACAGGAGGUUGACCAACCGGAAAUAUUCCCAGAUUGUGAUCCCAAUUAUCUCUUUGAACAACUGGAAGAAAAGGCAAAUGAUGCAGAGAGAGUGAAAAGCCUGGCAGCACAAAUGUUUGAUAAAAGGGACUAUCCGAAAAUGAAAGAUGUGUUGGAAAAGAAUAGAAAACUUGCUAAACAAGUAGAAAUUAAAAAUCUAAAGUUUGACAUGCAAAACUUCUUAUCCAAAUUUCCAGAUCCAGUGGAAUUUUUCUCAAAAACGGACACAGUUAUGAGUGACAGUUACAAAGAGCACUGCUUUGUGUAUGUUAGAAAUGAGUUUAACUGUUUUACUUUGGCUCAUGUGAAUAAGGUACUGGAGAAAUACAAUCACCAUCUGGCUCCAGCUGUUAGAGAACUGAAAGAACUGAAAGAAGAUCUUGUUAAAACCAAGAAACGGCGCCGAAAACUCCACAGAAAACAUUCACCAUUUCCAGAUGAACCAGAUGAGAGAUUUUAUCAUGAACUUCUCUUCUCACAAAAUGAACAAAAAAUCAAAGAUCAUUUUCUGAACAUAGAGCUGGAAAGGAAAAGGAAACUUCAAGCUGCAAGAAGAAAUGGUGAACUGUAUGAAUGUGGAUGUUGUUUUGAUGAUGAACUUCUAUUUGAGGACUUGUCAGCCUGUGCAGAUGGCCAUCUUUUCUGCCGAGAAUGUAUCCGCCGAUCUACAGAGUCUGCACUUGGUGAAGCAAAGACUAAGUUUCCCUGCUUGACAGGGGAAUGUGAAUAUGAUAUUCCACUGACUGUCUUGCAGGAAGUCCUUACAUCAGCAAUGUUCUCCAGAAUGUUGUCUCGGUUACAAGAAGAAGAGAUUCGAUUGGCUGAAAUUCCUGAUCUGGUCUCGUGCCCAUUCUGUAAUUUUGCCACCAUUAUGUCUGAUCCCAGUGAUAAAGUAUUCAAGUGCCUCAACUCAGAAUGCCUCAAGGAGACAUGUCGGCUAUGCAAGGAACCCAAUCAUGUGCCAUUGAAGUGCGAGGAGGUGGAGAAACAAGGGGAGACAAGCAUGAGAACCUACAUCGAGAACCGCAUCUCAGAGGCCAUGUUGAGAACCUGCCAUCGGUGUAAGAAGAGAUUCUUCAAGGAGACUGGUUGCAACAAGAUGACAUGUUCCUGUGGUGCCACCAGUUGCUAUGUCUGCCGAAAACCAAACAUUGACUACAAUCAUUUCCAAGGUGGUAGAUGCAGCAACACUGAGGAUGCCCAAAAGAUUCACUUGGAAGAGAUGGAGAAGGCAGCUGAGGAGGCCAAGGCACAAUAUCUGAAGGAUCAUCCUGAUGCAGAGAUUAGGUCUCUCAAGUAUGACCCCAGGAAACAUGUUCAAGAAUAUAAACUGACAUCAGGUUAUGGAAAUAAGAAUGAGGAUGGUGCAGCAGGUGGUGAUGAUGAUGAGGAGAUGAUUAUGAUGAUGAUGGUGUACAGGUGGUAGAAGAUGAAUGGUCAGAUGAUGAUGGGUUAGGGUAUUACUUCUUCUUCUAGGGCUAAGCCGAUCUACUUCACCACAAAGAAAUUACCAUUGCUCCUAGCUCCAAAUCUUCACAACAUU